AUGAACAGUUAUAUAACCGAAGAAGAUGUUAGGCUGGUGGUUGGAAGAUAUUUUAAGCGUGAGAAUGCAAUUCUUCAGACGUACAGCAUACAGUUCGCCAGCAAGAACAUGCUGGGCUUCCUUUGCGACUACCUGAGUUUAAGAAUAUGGGUGAUGAUCAACGGUGAUGAGCUCGUGAUGGACUGUUUCGUGAAGUGCAUAUCAAAGAACGCCGCAGACAUGGUUAAAGAAAUGAAGCUUUUCGAUAAGGAAUGCAUAUUUUACACAGAUAUCAAGGAGGACAUUUUUGUGACCGGAAUAAAGCCAUGGAGUCCCAAACUAAUCGCAGCAUUCAACGAAUCAAUGGUGUUUGAAAACCUCAUUACCCGCGGAUACAGAAUGCAUAACAAACUCCAAACGUUGGACGAGGCGCACACCAAGCAAGCUUUAAGCACACUAGCUAGGUUCCACGCAUCCACAAUCAUCUACGAAGAAAAGAGAUCCAAAGAACUGAAACGCCCCUACAGCAUCAACGAAGACUACGCCCAAGAUCUAAGGAGAGCGGGAUACAAGAUGACAAACACCUGGUUCCAGCAGUGCAUGCUAGGAGCACUGAACGCCGUGACCCACCACUCCAAAUACGCGGAAAGUAAGGACAUAAUCGAUGCGUGUGUCCAGCGGUGGCCGGACCUUUGGAAGGCGGCUUUGGAUCUAUCAGAUUUCUCGUCUAAGUACAGAAACGUGAUAUGCCAUAGAGAUCUGUGGAAUAACAACUUGCUUUUCCAUUAUGUGGAGGGCGUACCUGACGACUGCCUGUUGGUAGACUUCCAGGCAGCGCGCUGCCAUCCACCGGCUGGUGAUAUCAUGAUGCUGCUGUACUGCAAUUUAGAUCCAGGGCUCCGCGAAGGGAAACUCGAGGAGUUUCUCGACCAUUACCACUUGGAACUGGAUUCGAUUUUACAACGAUUUGACGUUUCUGUCAAUAGCAUUUUGACGUUGGAGGACCUUUACCGCUCCGCUGAGGAGUACCGUCUUUGGGGUCUGGUUACCAGCGCGUGUCUGAUUCCUCAGACAUGGAUGGAUGAUGAAGUAACAACUGAAAUAUUCACGGAUGCGAAGAACUUCGAUGAAAUCCUUUCGAGGGAUAAAGCGAAGUUUUUAAGUGAAAUGCUGCUAAAUGACGAUAACUAUAAGGGUAAAGUUUUAGAUCGGCCUGUAUCUGCUGACGUGGAACUGCGCAGGAGUGGACGCGCCGCUCGCGAUGCGUCGUUCUCUGCGCCGGCGUCUCAUGUAGUCGCGCAUCAGCUUCACCGUGUAGAAAUAGACAAACUCCAGUACAGAGACGAAACUAAAGCCGGUGACGAAGCCGCACCAGCCCCUGGUGAUGAUGGCUUUACGCAGACUACAGACAAUAUAGGCGAAAUAAAGACACUCACUGAUCAAAUCGAACCACUGCAUGAUGACAUUUUGCCCAUAACAGUCGGCCACUUCCCUCGCGUAUUUCACGUGCAGCAUGGAUGUUCCGGAGAAGUUCGCGCCUCGUCUGGAAAAGGUGAACGUCUUCCAAUUUCAAUAUUUAGAGAUACUAGUAACUUCUAG